AUUCGGCACCUAUCGGCUUAUUUCGCCGUGUAUGUAUUCUCCGCCCAUAUCUAUUACCUGCUCUUUAACCAUAGGCUGACAUUUUCCCUAUGUUCGGGCGUCCCGCCCAUUUUCGGAGAUUGGCGAACAUUAUCAAGGCAGAGGAAACGGUUCCAUGUCUGCAACUGAGGAGGCUGCAGCAUCCUUGCCCGGCGAGGGCACGGAUACUUGUGAUACCGGGAGCAAUCAGGCUGUCGGCAUGGGAGUUCCGGAAGUCGACCAGUGCCGACCAGAUACAGGGAAAACCGCUGGCGAUGAGGAUCAAUAUAAUGAGGGGUGCAAGACCGAGGAGGAGGUGGCAGCACUGUCAGUGGAAGAGACAGAAACAGUACAAGAGCAAAUAUCUGAGAGGUCCUUGCCUAGUUCAGAGGAAGGUUCCCCUGAAGGAUUUAUCCAAAAUUCUGGCAUGAUUCCAAAACAGGAUUUCAAAAAGUCAAAUUUAGAGCAGGAGCUGGAAAUUAUGCUGUCUCAAUGCUCUGUGGAGUCCAAAACCGAGGAUGUCCUGAUGAUUCAGUCAGAAGACAGUGGUAAAGUGGACAUUCUGAAAAUGGAGGGAAUCCAGAGUGACACAGAAAAAGGAGAAAAAGCACCUCCACCUCCUUUGUCCCCACCAUCCACCUGGACAAGUGCUAACUUGCGUGAAUUUAAGAACCGCAUGGCAAAGGAGAAGCAUGGUGUUCUAACUGUACGAAGAGGGGAGGUGCUAACAGUCAGAGUUCCCACACACCCUGAUGGGAAACGUCUUUGCUGGGAAUUUGCUACUGAUGAUUAUGAUAUUGGUUUUGGAAUUUAUUUUGACUGGACCCCAGUUACCAGCACAGCUGUCACUCUACAGAUCAGUGAGUCAAGUGACGAAGAGGAUGAGGAGGAAAUUGAGAGUCCUUGGCAUGGUCGAGAAGGGGAUGUGGAGCGGGGAUCCGUUUACAGGCUGCGUAGCCGGUACGGGGAAAUUGUGCAAGUUUACCGCAGAGACAGUCAUAGAGAGGUACAGGCAGGUAGUCACGAGUACCCUGGAGAAGGGGUUUACAUCCUCAAAUUGGACAAUUCCUAUUCCCUUCUGCGCAACAAGACUCUGUACCUUCAUGUAUACUACAGCAGCUGAAACAUCCAGUACUGGGGGUGUGAGUUUCUUUUUUUUUUUUUUAAUAUGAAGCAUAAUUGCAUUUGGUGGCAUUUGUGUUUGUGUACACAGACGGGCAUUUUCCCACUAGCAGAAGUACAUUGUUAUACUUGUAUGAAUGUGUCUUCCCAUUUUCCCUUCUUUGUGCAUUAUAUAUGUCAAUUCCAUUUAUAUGGGUGUGUAUGAACACCUCUUACUUCUUACAUGACAGGCUGGAAGAGGGCUUCCUGAGCAGGCUGCCAAUUAAUCUUCUGGUCUUCAUGCAUGUAGGAAACAGUUUAUUUCUUGAUAAAAACAAAGCAUCUUUUAA